AUGGGUAUAACAUGUUCUUAACCCAAAAAGUCAACUCUGACUCUCACAACAACAUAAGAUGAGGAAGAUCCAAACUAUGAAAUCAAAAAAUUAUUGAGUGAAGAAAGAAUAACGAAACUUCGAAAAACAUUUCCACGUCCCUCAAAAACCUAUGAAUCCUAUUUCCUUAGUUAAAUUAAUAAUGAUAACACAAUGAAUAUUAAUAAAUGUUGUGAUGAAGAAAAAUUUCAUAAAUCAAGUAAAUUGGGUGUUUCGCUUAUUUGUUGA